GGUUUUUGAAGGGCUCCUAGGAGAGGCUUCCGAACGGACUUGUGUUUCUAUUCAGGGUGUUUGUGAAUGGGGGGCCUGGUGUGCAGGGGCCCUCCUGGAAGAAAGACUGUGCGUUUUAGGCCCACUGAGGCCCGCUCUUGUGCCGCGGCGGAGGUCCGGGGAGUCCGGCCCCGAGAGCCCGCGGUGCCCCGGCGCCCGCGGUGCCCCGGCGCCCGCGUGUGGGCGCCUGGACUCCGCCGGGUCCCGCGGGACUCGUGGGCGGCCGGGGAGCCGAGGGAGGCCGCGGCAAGCAGGUGUGGCUGCAGCACCGGCGGGCUGAGUCGGACCCCCGCUCUGCGCGUCAGAGAGACGCGACGGGCUUCGAGCGGAGGAGUUUGGCGAGGCUGGGGAAGGCUGGCGCCGGGGCGAGACGCGCGGGUCUUUGGGCUGGUGAUGGAGAUGGCACCAGCCCGGGCGUCUGCUCGCGCCUGGGCCUGCCCCGCCGACCUGGGCCGACCGCGCGUUGUGUCCCCGGGAAGGCGUGCUGGCCUGGAGCGCAAGGAGAGGCCGUGGUGGCGGGAGACAGCGGGGCCGGUGUUAGGUGACCGAAAAAGGCGAUGGCUUUUACAACCACAGCGUCCUGCCGUCGUCGGUGUCUCGUGCUCACCUAACACGUUGGGUACCGAGCCUCUGACCCUAAGAGGACACCAUGAGCCAAUUACUGCUGUGGCAUUUGGAAAUGCAGCGAGUCCACUUCUCAUCUGUUCUGCAUCACGAGAUUAUGUUAUAAUGUGGACUCUAGAUGAAUGCAGACAGAAAGCACUUCAAGGGCUGACUCCUCAAGGGGUUGUCGUGGGCACCCUCCUGGGAAAGGUGCUGUGUUUGAGGUUGAGCCCAGAUGACCGCACAGCUGCAGUGUGUGCUGGAAAGAAAAUAUUUAUGCUGGAUACUGAGGUUUGGGAUCAUCAUAUGGGAUCAUUAAUCUACAACUCGUCAGUUUUAAGUAUUUACAGAUAGAUAUUUGUGUAUUCCGUUUAUAGCUCCCCUCUCCUGAGUCUCCUCAUCGAUGCAGAGAGCCGGCAGCUGGUGACGGGAUGCGCAAACGGCCAGCUUUGGGUCUUCAGUUUGGUUGAAGGACAUCGUUAUCGUUGUGUGACAGGAGUUGACCUAAAGAAGAAGAGAGAGAGUUUCUUCAGGAGGGUUGAGUCCAGGCUGUGCAGCCUGCCAGAAGAGGGUUGGCUUCCCUGCACAGUUGGCUUGGAGAAAGGAGAGGAGGUUGAAGCAAGCCUCCCUGUCCUGGGGCUGCGGCCAUGUGAUCUGUCCCUCAUUCUCCCUGCCGAGUGCGGGUGUCUUUCUUCUGAGAAUACCACAUGCUUGUGGAUUGGAAGCUCAGCUGGCUUAUUCAUAUUUAACUUGGCAAACUUUGAACUGGAAGCCGUUUUACAUUACAAGGAUUUCAGGAGCCUCAGCAUUCAAGUUGCCGGAUCAUGUGCAGUGAUGAGCAAAGCCGGGGAUGAGAAGCUGAGUCCUGCCGUCUGCUUGCUCACGUCCUUGUGUGGCCGUAAGAUCGCCUUGUUGGAAAUCCAUGUUGCUGCUCUGGUGAGGUCUCAGCGGGGCCACGGCGCGGGAAGGGAUCUGUCCGUGCUGCCUCGGUACAGUCUUCCUCAGUGGGGUAUACACCUGCAACUUCACCAGCCGGGGGAAUUUCGGUUCCUCUUGAUCUUAAGAAAGAAAAGUAAAGUUCAGUAAACUCCCAACUGUACUAACUCUGUUUGAAAGAGAUGAUUGCUCAUGGUAUUGCUUCUAUAUUGUUUAAAACUAAAUGAUUCAUAGUUUAUUUUAAUGCAAAACUAUUGUAUUUCAGGAUAGAAUGUGAAUUAUGAAAUGGCACUUUUAUUAAUAAUAUUAAAAAUUAUUUCUUAGAAGGAUAAGAGUAAGCUUGUUUCCAAACAUUGCACACCCGUAUGUACGUGAAUUACUAAUCGCUUGGGACUGUCCUUAAAAUGUACGUUUCCUAGCUAUGAGGCCGGUAUGUGAGUCUGCUCUCCUGGUGCACUUU